AUGUUGCAAGUUAGGAAGUGCACACCCCGCACGCGAGUUGAGGUGGAGAUGGGCGAAGAAGUCGUAUAUGCCAUCGCAGCGAGCAAGGCCGUUGUAGAGUCGAAUGUAAUGUGUGAGCGACAGGACCUUGAGAGCUUCUUGAAGCUCUGA